AACGCGCGGGAGCCUCCCGGCCCUCAGUCCCCGCAGCAGCGCGGUUCGGCUCCUCGAAGUAAACUGAGGCAGGGAGUGCUGCGGAGUGCUCGAACUCCCAGCUUCCCUCUCAGCCGCGCAGCAGCCUCUGCGAGACAGAAUAUUUCCCCUUAAUGCUGUCCUUAAAUGCUUUUUUUCCCCUCAGUACGUGGCGGCUCUUGAAGACAUGCUCCGAGAGCUGAAGAAGCAGUCCAGUAGCAGGCCAGCCCCAGAACUGCUGAAUGAAUACUCUCGGAAAGUGGACUUCCUAAAGGGACUUUUAGAAGCUGAAAAGUUGUCUUCAUCAACUGAAAAGGCUCUGGCAAAUCAGUUCUUGGCCCCUGGACGUACCCCUACAACAACCAAAGAGAGAACCCCAGCUACUAAAACAGUUCAUCUGCAGACAAAGGCUCGUUGCACAGGCAAGAUGAGGAGUGAGCUGCUUGGUACAGACCCCUUGGCUAUCGAUGAUUCUGAGGAGUUAAACAUAAGGAAGCGGAGAGGCCUUACAUCUGAUGAGAAGCAGUCAGCAGUUGAGCUGGAUGCUGUGUUACAGCACCAUCAGGAUAUGCAGGAGAAGUUAGCUGAAGAAAUGCUAAGUUUGGCUCGCAGUCUCAAAAACAACACUCUGGCUGCGCAGAAUGUGAUAAAACAAGAUAACCAGACGCUCUCGCAUUCUCUCAGGAUGGCAGACCAGAACUUUGAGAAGCUCAAGGAUGAAUCCGACCGUCUCGAACAGCAUGCAAAGAAAUCCGUCAACUGGCUAUUAUGGAUAAUGUUAAUUGUAGUUUGUUUUAUAUUCAUCAGCAUGAUUCUCUUUAUCAGGAUUUUCCCCAAACUGAAAUGAUUUUUUAAAAAAUUUUAUUUAAAACUGCCAGAAGUGCAGUUGGAAAGCUCAGCUGGUAUGGUAACUGUCAGCAAUCCAUUUCUUUGCCAACUUUCAUGUCCUUAAAGAGGCUGUCCAAGGCCUACCCUUGCAUCUCUUUCUUGUGCGGUCACUGGAUUCAGUGAAGGGUUUCACAGGGAAGGCUUUCUAUGCUUGGUUGCUUUUUUUACCUAGUGAACAUUGUUGCCUAUUGAGGGAAGAACUGGGAUAAAGAUGGCAAUUUAGGCUGAGCUGCUAACAAGUUCUUUAGUGGACAGAUACAGCCCGCUGUGGCAAAUGUUAUGACUCCUAAAAGGUGUUUACUCAACAGGAAUAUAACAGUUGAAGUCUUACAAUUUUUCCUGCCUUUGUAGCUUUACUGUACUGAACAAGGACCUUGCUGCCAACAGGAUAUUUAAUGACAAAGUUUUCCCCAUACAAAGCUGUAGGGUGUAGGAGGAGAACGCUGCCAGUGAGUUGCUUGCCUGGCUCAGAUUCAGAGUACCAACAGGUAAAACUAUUCUCAGACUCAACUUUUUCCCAGAUGGGUAUUUGGGACUCUGGACUUUGCAGUCGUCUUCAGUUUAUAGAGUUUCUAUAGAAGGGCUGAAGUUGUUUGCUGUUGCAAUAUUUGCUUCCCUUUUUGUAUGUGCAAAUGUUCUCACUUAACUCAUUGUCUGUUAUGUUGGUGCUGUGGCAUCAAGAAAACACUGUGACCCUGGCAUGGCAGAACAGUACACACAGUACUCUGCAUGGUAUAGACCUCACCUGUACAAACAUUUUUUUGCUAUGAGGGCAAAGGGAGAUGGUGUCUUCAAGACAGAAAUAAUACAAUAAAAAAAAUUCAGCCUUUACCUUUUGAGAGAAGUUAUCCUGGUCAAGAGCGUGUCAAAAUUGUAUUCUUAAGAGGUCACUUAAUACAGCAGAGGUGAAAAACUAGAAUUAUUUUAAAAGCACUGCUACUGCUAGAAAGAAUUAGAGCCUGCAGUAAAGCAAGGUUUGUUGUGACAGUGGUAAGAGCCGGUUUUAAGUGCUUGUGAUAAGCUAAAAGCAAAUCAUUCCACAUCUGUGCUGUUGUUUCUGGAGUCUUACUAUGGAAAAGGGUUGUUCAGGUGUGUGCAGUUUCACAUUGAGGACGGGAGGAGCAGCAGAUGACUCCCAAGUGUUGUUUUGCCAUUUCUAUUCCUGUUCUGAAACACUAGAUGGGGUGUUUCAGGCCGGUCUGUCGGUUGAUCUCUGCAGCAGCCCUGGGGGAGAGGAAGGUGGCGGGGGGGGAAGAACUGUUUGUCACAAUUGAGCUCUUAUGAAUAUCCGACUGCUUCUUUGAACGCAUCCCAAAGUAGCAGGCUCUGUUUCAGAAUUGUUCUUUGUUCUUUACAAAAAUAGCUGUGUUAAUGAGGACAGUUCGCAUUUUUUACAUAAGGUAUCUUUGUUUGUUUGACAGGAUGUUUGCAAUUUAGUAUGCCAUUCACUUAUGGAUUAUCAAAUGAGUGGUUAUACCAUAAGUACAGCUUUUUCUUCUCAUCUCUGUGAUAAUGCUUAUUCUGUUUGUGCAAACUUGUUACUGACCUUAAACUUUAGAGAAAUGUGUAGUUGUAGUAAUCCAUUUAUGGACGUUCCUACUUUUCCCAGAACUUUUUCUUCAGCUGUAAUGUUUGACAUUUUACUGUGCUUCAUUAGUGAAUGCUGCAUCACCAAAUUAUUUUUUAAUUCUAAUUGUUUACUACUUUCCCUGCAGGCAUUUCAGUGCUGAUCUCUUCUCUUAGAGCAGAGAUUGAAUGUAGUGCUGGAAUGUUUUUUUUGUGUGUCUGAUACUGGAAUGAUACAACAUUAAUGUUUCAUCCUUUAUAACAUUUUCUCCUUUAUUACUUGAAAUAAAUAUUUUUUUUCUAGCUUGCAAAAGACUUGGUGCAUCGCUGCAGACAAGUUUAAAACUGAAUUUUGCUAUCAGCCAUGUGUUGGCUAUAACUUUUAGGCACUUAGAAGUUUAACUGGAAAAACCUCAGAGGGAACUAUUGAUAGCUUGCCUCCAAGAACAUAUCUACUCCUCCAAGUCAACAGCAAUUCCUUUACAAAAGAGCCUGCUAGGAAAUCAGUUCAGAAACACGUGCUAUUUAACUUUUGACCGUUGACAUUUCAUGGGUGUUUGUUAUUUUGAAGGAUGAACUGCCAGAACAGAGAUUGAGUCCUUUAAGUCCCAACACCUUUCGUGCUAUCUCUCCUGACCGUUGAGCGCUGUGCCUCCAGCACUGCACUGAGCUGCUGGUUGCCUCUGACCCGGUGGAAGAAUGUUACCUUCUGCCCUGGCAAACCGAAUGGAUUAAUUGCCUCAGUGGCCAGCAAUCUCCCUGCACACAAUGGCUGGUUUGUCAAUUAGCAGUUGCAGUCUUAGCUUUUUCUUGCGUUCAUUUAGUAAGUACAGUCAUUCAAAAACACUUUGAAGAUCGGUGCCAGUAGUAUUUGGAAUAAACGAUCCCUCACACCCUUGUGGCAUUUCAUGGAUGGGGUGACAGUUUUUAUUUCUGACUGAGGUAUGGGUGGUGGAGGUUGUAUGAUCUCCUACUUUGAGCCCUCAGCUCCAUUUUGUAGCAUGAGUCUCUGAUGUGCUCUCUACAGAAUAAUGAUAUAUAGAAAUAGCUUUCUGUGAGAGUUGCAAACAUUGUGAAGUGAGAAUUGCUUAACUUUCCCAAAAGCUUGAGAAAUCCGGAUGGAGAGAUGUUUAUCAGGCAGAGGGCUGGGCCUUGGUUGGCUUCUUGGCAGCCUACCUACUUUCAGACAAGAAAGAAAAAAAAAAUAAUCUUGGAGACUUGGGUCAUGUCAGGCCGGUGAAUGCACCGUUUCUGAGCCUGGCAGCAAGAGUAGCUAUGGGUCAGUCUUAAGCUUUUCUCCCAAAUGUUCUUGGUGACAGAGACUCCUUAUAUCAUAGGACUGAAUGUUUCAGUGGCGUCCUUAGUCACACUUAGAUUUGUGUUUCGGAAGGAUUGUUUAGGAUGAAGGAAUGGCAGGUGCAGAACGUGGUGUAUGAUGGCUGGGUAAUCUCAGUUUGGGUUGGGUGUAUGUUCCCCAGGCUUUACUUUGCAAAGCCUCUGUGGAUCAGACUUUUAGAGGCUGUGAGCAGCUUUCCAAAACUGGCAGCUAUUCUGCGAAAAGGGGGUAUCUUGUAAAAGGGUGAAAACGAUGGAGCGGACAGACCAGGGUUCUGUUCCUGUGACUGUUCACCUUGUGAUACCAGGCAAGUCACCAAUGUUCUGUCUCUGCUGCAAACCUGACAUGAAACCUCAGGAUCAGUCAUGAUUAGUAGUUACAAGCAUGAAAAAUAUUUUAACUCUGAUGAUAUAGCAGAUAGGAGCAGCAAAUAAUAAUCAAAUUUCUUGCUGUACAGCAGGGUGCUGAUGCCAUUCUGGAGUCGUGCAGCCCAGGGCAGGGCUGGCUGGUAGCUCUUGUCCUGCUCUGCCACAUUGCUGAGGCUUGGUGUGCACUCACCGUGUGUUCCCACUGCACAAGAGUGACAUUAAACCCGACUUAGCUAAAUCAAUACCACCUGUCACAUGACACUGCUGUGACAUUUCUGGCAUGAGCACUACCUCCUAAUAGGAGAUGGAAGUGGGAAGCAGCAGCGUUUCGUGAAUAAUGGAUCAGAUAUGCCUGAUUUGUAGCAUUUACGAGGAAAGGGCGUGUCUCCUAGCUACAGAACAAACUGGUUAUCAAAACGGGAACGAGAAGUUCUGUGUCUCCAAAAUGUAAAAUGUGAGAUAAAGCAGCACGGAGCUUACAGUUAGAGUUUGCUGCUCUCCCCUAUGCUGCCCAGAGGGCUGUCCCUCCAAAUUUGACUCCAGAUCAGCAAAACCACGCAUUAGUGUAGAAAUAU